GGGUGGAUCACUGGGUCUGGGAUAGCUCCAGAGCCUGAGGGAGCUGACACUCCCAGCAGGGUAGAUCCUGGGAAUCUGAUCUCCUGGCCUCCUCCACAUCCUCCCCCCCACCACUUCCUGGAGCUGCGACCUGCCCCCUUCCCGCCUGCACUUCCCUCCACUUCCAGGGCCAGGCUUCUCCUCACACCAGCCAGACAGCCUGCCCUCCGCCCAGGGGAAGCGACUGCCUCCGCCAGGCUGCUUCCAGGAAGCCCCCGGCCAGGCCCCAGCAUUGUUCAGGCCCUGCGGCCAGCACCCCAGCCAGCCGGACACCAUGAAGUCCAGCAGCCCUGUGGAGAGGCUGCUCAGAGCCCUGGGGAGGAGGGACAGCAGCCGGGCCACCAGCAGGGUAGGAGUGCCUGCCGGCUGGGCAAAGCCUAGGAAAGCUGAGCCACAUAGCUUCCGAGAGAAGGUUUUCCGGAAGAAAGCUCCAGUGUGUGCAGUGUGUAAAGUGACCAUCGAUGGGACAGGCGUCUCCUGUAGAGUCUGCAAGGUGGCCACACACAGAAAAUGUGAAUCAAAGGUGACUUCCUCCUGUCAGGCCCUGCCCCCUGCAGAGCUGCGGCGAAACACGGCCCCAGUGAGGCGCAUAGAGCACCUGGGAUCCACCAAGUCUCUGAACCACUCAAGGCAGCGCAGCACUCUGCCCAGGAGCUUCAGCUUGGACCCACUCAUGGAGCGGCGCUGGGACUUGGACCUCACCUACGUGACAGAGCGUAUAUUGGCCGCCGCCUUCCCUGCUCGGCCAGAUGAGCAGCGACACCGGGGCCACCUGCGCGAGCUGGCCCACGUGCUGCAAUCCAAGCACCGGGACAAGUACCUGCUCUUCAACCUUUCAGAGAAAAGGCAUGACCUUACCCGCCUGAACCCCAAGGUCCAGGACUUUGGCUGGCCUGAGCUGCAUGCCCCACCUCUGGACAAACUGUGCUCCAUCUGCAAGGCCAUGGAGACCUGGCUCAGUGCCGACCCGCAGCACGUGGUGGUACUAUACUGCAAGGGGAGCAAAGGCAAGCUUGGAGUCAUCGUGUCUGCCUACAUGCACUACAGCAAGAUCUCUGCGGGGGCAGACCAGGCACUAGCUACUCUUACCAUGCGAAAAUUUUGCGAGGACAAGGUGGCCACAGAACUGCAGCCUUCCCAGCGCCGAUAUAUCAACUAUUUCAGUGGGCUGCUGUCUGGCUCCAUCAGAAUGAACAGCAGCCCUCUUUUCCUGCACUAUGUGCUUGUGCCCAUGCUGCCAGCCUUUGAACCCAGCACAGGCUUCCAGCCCUUCCUCAAAAUAUACCAGUCCAUGCAGCUCGUCUACACAUCUGGAGUCUAUCACAUCGCAGGCCCUGGUCCCCAGCAGCUUUGCAUUAGCUUGGAGCCAGCCCUUCUUCUCAAAGGUGACGUCAUGGUAACCUGCUAUCACAAGGGUGGCCGCGGGACAGACCGAACCCUUGUGUUCCGAGUCCAGUUCCACACAUGCACCAUCCAUGGACCACGGCUUUCCUUCCCCAAGGACCAGCUGGAUGAGGCCUGGGCUGAUGAGAAGUUCCCCUUCCAGGCCUCGGUGGAGUUUGUCUUCUCCUCAAGCCCAGAGAAGAUGAAAGGCAACGUCCCCCGGAAUGACCCCUCAGUCUCCGUGGACUACAACACUGCAGACCCUGCCGUCCGCUGGGACUCGUAUGAGAACUUCAAUCAGCACCACGAGGACAGUGCGGACGGUGUGCACACUCCUUCCUCUUGGGCAGACCCCGGGCAGCUUCCAGGCCGUCCCUGCUUCUCACCCCGUCUUCUCCACGCAGGCUCGCUGGCCCACACGCGGGGUCCCCUGGACGGCAGUCCUUAUGCUCAGGUGCAGCGUGCCCCCCGCCAGACCCCGCCAGCACCCUCUCCAGAGCCACCCCCACCCCCUAUGCUGUCUGUCAGCAGCGACUCCGGCCAUUCCUCCACGCUGACCACAGAGCCAACUGCCGAGUCCCCUGGCCGGCCGCCCCCGUCAGCUGCAGAGCGCCAAGAGCUCGAUCGCCUCCUGGGAGGCUGUGGAGUGACCAGUGGGGGCCGGGGGGCAGGGCGUGAGACGGCCAUCCUAGAUGAUGAGGAGCAGCCCCCCAUGGGCGGAGGCCCCCUCCUUGGGAUCUAUUCAGGCCACAGGCCUGGCCUCAGCCGCCACUGCUCCUGCCGCCAGGGCUACCGGGAACCCUGUGGGAUCCCCAAUGGGGGCUACUACCGGCCAGAGGGAACCCUGGAGAGGCGGCGGCUGCCCUAUGGGGGUUAUGAGGGACCCCCGCAGGGCUAUGCUGAGGCCUCUGUGGAAAAGAGGCGCCUCUGUCGAUCACUGUCCGAGGGGCCAUACCCCUACCCACCUGAGCUGGGGAAACCUGCCAAUGGGGACUUCGGCUACCGCUCUCCAGGCUACCGGGAGGUGGUGAUCUUGGAGGACCCUGGAGUGCCUGCCUUAUGCUCAUGCCCAGCAUGUGAGGAAAAGCUGGCGCUGCCCACUGCAGCCCUGUAUGGACUUCGGCUAGAGAGGGAGGCUGGAGAGGGGUGGGCUGGUGAAGCUGGCAAACCUCUCCUGCACCCAGUGCGGCCUGGGCACCCGUUGCCUCUGUUGGUGCCUUCCUGUGGGCACCACCAUGCCCCGAUGCCUGACUACAGCUGCCUGAAGCCACAUAAGGCAGGCGAGGAAGGGCAUGAGGGCUGCUCCUAUGCCAUUUGCCCAGAAGGCAGGUAUGGGCAUCCAGGGUACCCUGCCCUGGUGACCUAUGGCUAUGGAGGAGCAGUUCCCAGUUACUGCCCAGCAUAUGGCCGGGUGCCUCACAGCUGUGGAUCUCCAAGCGAGGGCAGAGGGUAUCCCAGCCCUAGUGCCCACUCACCACGGGCUGGCUCCGUUUCCCCUGGCAGCCCACCCUACCCACAACCCAGGAAGCUGAGCUAUGAGAUCCCUGCAGAAGAGGAAGGGGAUAAAUACCCACUGCCCGGGCACCUGUCCUCAGCAGGACCCUUGGCAUCUGCAGUGGAGUCACCUGAGUCAGUGUCCUGGAGGGAGGGCCCCAGUGGGCACAGCACACUGCCUCGGUCUCCCCGAGAUGCCCAGGGCAGUGCCUCUUCAGAGCUGUCUGGUCCCUCUACACCCCUGCACACCAGCAGCCCAGUCCAGGGCAAGGAAAGCAGCACCCGAAGACAGGACACCAGGUCCCCCACCUUGGCACCCUCUCAGAGACUGAGUCCUGGCGAGGCCUUGCCCCCUGUUUCCCAAGGAGGCACUGAAAAGGCACCUGAGCUGCCAGCUAGAAGUGGGCCUGAACCUCAGAGUCCUAGCCCCUUCUCCCCAGCCUCCCCUCCCAGCUCACCCAAUGACUGGCCUCAGGAAAGAAGCCCAGGGAGCCACUCAGACGGUGCCAGUCCUCGGGGCCCUGUGCCCACUACACUGCCUGGUCUCCGUCAUGCCCCCUGGCAGGGCCCUCGAGGCCCCCCAGAUAGCCCAGAUGGGUCUCCCCUCACCCCUGUGCCUACUCAGAUGCCCUGGCUUGUGGCCAGCCCAGAGCCACCUCAGAGUUCACCCACACCUGCCUUCCCCCUUGCUGUAUCCUAUGACACCAAUGGCCCCACUCAGCCUCCACUUCCUGAGAAACGCCACCUGCCAGGGUCUGGGCAACAGCCAGGACCCUGGGGUCUAGAGCAGGCAUCACCACCGACCAGAGGUACCAGUCACCAUGUCACCUUCGCACCUCUGCUCCCGGAUAAUACAACCCAACUGCCAGAGCCCCCUGCACAAGAGAACCAAAGCAAUGUCAAGUUUGUCCAGGAUACAUCUAAGUUCUGGUAUAAGCCACACCUGUCCCGUGACCAAGCCAUUGCCCUGCUGAAGGACAAGGACCCUGGGGCCUUUCUGAUCAGGGACAGUCAUUCAUUCCAAGGAGCCUAUGGGUUAGCCCUCAAGGUGGCUACACCUCCACCUAGUGCCCAGGCCUGGAAAGGGGACCCCUUGGAACAGCUAGUCCGCCAUUUCCUCAUUGAGACUGGGCCCAAAGGGGUGAAGAUCAAAGGUUGUCCCAGUGAACCCUACUUUGGCAGCCUGUCCGCCCUGGUCUCCCAACACUCCAUCUCCCCCAUUUCCCUGCCCUGCUGCCUGCGCAUUCCCAGCAAAGAUCCUCUGGAAGAGACUCCUGAGGCUCCAGUGCCCACCAACAUGAGCACAGCAGCAGACCUCCUGCGCCAGGGUGCUGCAUGCAGUGUACUGUACCUGACGUCAGUGGAGACAGAGUCACUGACUGGCCCUCAAGCUGUGGCCAGAGCCAGCUCUGCAGCUUUGAGCUGCAGCCCCCGCCCAACACCAGCUGUUGUCCACUUCAAGGUCUCAGCUCAGGGCAUUACACUGACCGACAACCAAAGGAAGCUUUUCUUUCGCCGCCAUUACCCAGUGAGCAGCAUCACCUUCUCCAGCACUGACCCUCAGGACCGAAGAUGGACCAAUCCAGAUGGGACCACCUCCAAGAUCUUUGGUUUUGUGGCCAAGAAGCCGGGUAGCCCCUGGGAAAAUGUGUGUCACCUUUUUGCGGAGCUUGACCCAGAUCAGCCUGCAGGUGCCAUUGUCACCUUUAUCACCAAAGUUCUACUAGGCCAGAGAAAAUGAAGGAAAGCCACAAGCUCAGCACACAUCAACACUGUGCCCCUUCCAGCACCCCACAGCCCUCACUUCCCCUGGCCCCAAACCAGGAGCCACCACCCUCCCUGAGAAGUGGGGAUUGGGCAAUGGCUUGGGCAUUGCCCUUCCCCCAACCCCAGCCAGCUAAGCUAAGUGGAUGGGCCCAUGAGAUGACCUUGCAUGUGAGCAGAAGGCAGAGAUGGGCGUAUGACGGUGAGGAGGCAUCAGCAGUUGAGCCCUGAAGGAAAUCAGGACAGCCCAGCAGGAGAACAUCAGCCCUGGAGGGGAACCAGGUCCUGCCAGCUCCACCCAGCAGCAGGUCCCAGCAUGGCAGGGAGAGGGAAAGUCUGGGGAGCAAGUCACUCCCUCCCCUCUGAACAGAGAUCAGAGUGGGAUCUCAA